ACUGAGUGUGUGAGCAGCAGAGAGUUCAGUAGAGCUGUGAGGUAACUCCUCUCCUGCUGUACAGAGUCAAACUGCGCCAGAGAGAAAACAGAGAGGGAGGAUUUCUGCAUUCUUACAUGCUGACCAGGUAACUGUUGAACUUACUGACCUGUGAGGACUUUUUAAAAGAGAAGAAAUAGGAUCCGGGGGGAGAAAGGAACCAAUAGGGAGGUGCCAAAAUACAAACAAAGCCAGAGGAAAUCUCUUUUUGGAAGAAGAGGACAGGCUAAUACUCAUCUGGGAAAACAGUCUGGACUAUAAGAUGGAAGUCUACACGGUAACCGUAGCAACGGGUAAAUCAGAGUAUUCAGGCACCAACAACUACAUCUAUGUGACCCUGGUGGGGGAGAACGGGGAGAGUGAACGCACCGUGCUGGACAACCCUGGACUGGACUUCUGUCGAGGAGCAGUGGACCAGUACAAGGUGACCAGCCCUUCACCUUUAGGCCCCCUGCUACUGGUCAGACUGGAGAAACAGAGGUACUGGUUGGAAGAUAACUGGUUCUGUAGCUACGUAACGGUGGAGCCUCCAGGCGGAGACAAAGCGCUGACUUUCCCGUGUUACCGCUGGUUUAUAGGAGACGUCAAGGUGGAGAUAAGAGAGGGAACAGCGAAGACACUGAAGGACGAGUCCUUACCUCAGCUGCUGGCACACCGGAAGACGGAGCUGCAGGAGAGACAGACGACCUACAGAUGGGUAACCUGGGCUCCAGGGGUCCCCAGAUGCAUCGACGCUGAAACGGAGGAAGAUUUACCCCAAGACGUCCGCUUUGACAACGAGAAGAGGAGCGACUUUGAACAUUCAUUACAAUAUGCCUUGCUGGAGUUGUCCCUGAAGAAGCUGGCCAUCCGGUUUGGGAGGUCCUGGAGCGACCUGGACGAUUUCAAACGGAUCUUCUGGAAGCUGCGAAGCCCCAUAGCUGAGUACUGUAUGGAGCACUGGAAGGAGGACGGGUUCUUUGGCUACCAGUGCAUGAAUGGCUCCAACCCAAGAAUGAUCCAGAGGUGCAAGAAGCUGCCGGAGAACUUCCCGGUCGUAGCCGACAUGGUGCAGAGCUCCAUGGCUCCCAGGACCAACCUGGACAAAGAACUCAAGGCAGGGAAUAUCUACCUGUUAGACUUCGCCAUCAUGGAUGAGAUUCCCACCAACACCAUCAGGGGUAAACUUCAGUACAUCGCCGCUCCGCUCUGUCUCCUGUACCAACACCCAGACGACGGACUCAUACCUAUCGCUAUACAGCUGGACCAGACUCCGGGCCUGGACACGCCGAUCUUCCUGCCCAAAGACCCGCCCCUGGCCUGGCUGUCGGCUAAGAUGUGGGUGCGUCACUCUGAGUUUCAGGUGUUCCAGGUGCUGUCUCACCUGCUCAGGACUCACCUGGUGGUCGAGGUGUUCUGUGUGGCUACUCUGAGACAGCUUCCUGCUGUGCACCCUAUAUAUAAGUUGCUGGCCCCUCAUCUGCGCUACACUCUAGAGAUCAACGUUAGGGGGCGCACUCAGCUCAUCUCGCCGAAUGGCAUCUUCAAAAGGGUCGUGUCUACGGGUGGUGACGGCCUGUUGAUUCUGGCUCAGAGGGAGUACAAGGUGCUGACCUACCGAUCCCUCCAGCCCAACAAUGACUUCAAUGACAGAGGAGUUUCACAGCUCCCCAACUAUUUCUACAGAGAACACGGUCUGAUGGUGUGGGAGGCCAUUCUCAGCUUUGUCUCAGGUAUGGUGAACCUGUACUACCAGUCGGACCGUGAUGUGCAAGAGGACCUGGAGCUCCAAGCCUGGAUCAGAGACAUUGCACUGGAAGGCUUCACAGAGCUCCCCAACUUUGGUCUGCCCAGUAAGCUCAGCACCAGAGAGGAACUGUCCACGCUGCUGUCGGUGUCCAUCUUCACCAGUACAGCCCAGCAUGCUGCUACCAACAACGGACAGUUUGACUGGUGCGCCUGGGUCCCCAACACCCCGUGCACCAUGAGACACCCACCACCAACAGACAAGGAUGCUGUUACCAUGGAGAUGAUCAUGGACACCCUCCCUGAUGUCAGCCAGUCCUGUGUGCAGAUGGCUAUCACGUGGCAUCUGGGACGAGCACAACCGGACGCAAUUCCUUUGGGCCAAUACACAGAGGAGCACUUCACGGAGGGGCGGGCCCAGGAGCUGAUUGACAGGUUCAGAGCGGAGCUGAAAGAGAUCGAGGGCCACAUCAUGAGUCAGAACGAAGGACUGGAGCUUCCGUACCUCUUCCUGCUGCCCAGCCGCAUAGAAAACAGCAUCACUAUAUAGAAAGACUUUCAUCUCCCCCGUCCGUACGGUAUGUGGUAGUAUGGCGCACACCGGACACCUCUGAGAUUUGUUUUCACCUUGACCUUAAAUUAUUUUUUUAGUUGAUAAUUGUUUGAAGAAUUGUAUCUACUGUGAUAUAUGGAAGCCCUGAGGGCAAAAGAGAAAAUUUUCUACGUUGGAUUUAAAUUGUUUUCUCUCCUGUGUUUAUGAUUAAAGAGCAGAUGGAAAAAGGUUUCGCCAGGAUAAUCUUUUAAUUAAUUAAUUAAUUAAAUCUUUUUUUUAAUCUGUAAAAACAGGUGUAAAAAAGCAUUCAGGUUUUCUUCAAGGUGAGUUUUAAUUUACAUAACUUGUUAACACACAAUAUAUAUAUAUGUACCUUGUGUUUAAAUUUAAAUUCACCUGGAAGAAAACAUGAAUGCUUAUAGUCCUAUUUAGAGGUGUAUGGAGGACCACAAGAGUCACGGAAAUAGUAAUUUAAUUGAUUGAUAACUAAUUGUACAAUAACAAUAGGCAUUCCUAAAUUUGUUUACAGAUUUAUUUAUUAAUCUAGGAAUAUUUGGACUAAAUUACAGACAUUAUUUGACAUUUUAAUGGGCAAUACAAAUAAUUAUAAAAAAUUAUUUACUAAUUAAUUAAUCCAUCGAUAAAUAGUUCAAAUGAAAAAGGGAUUUACAAAAAACACCAUAAAACAGUCAA